UGAAAAGUUUGCUUUUAAAAUUUAUUAGAAUUAUAUGGUUGGCCUUUACUUUGGCUAUUAAAUAUAUUCUUUAGUGGUAGGGACUUAUAAAACAGCUACAAAGUAUGCCAAUCCAACAACCUGUUUGUAAUUAUUGUUAUGUCUUAAAUUGUUACCGUUACGCGCUAGCGAUUUCUUGUUUAUGCUUGAAGUAUCAGUGUUAAAAAAUAAUACUUUUAGUAUUUAACAGUCUUCAGAAAAAUGAUAUUCAACUUUGUAAUUUUAAUGUCCAUCACCACUGUCUUUGGGCAUGCAGGUCAUGAUGAUGGUAUAGAAAAGGCUUUUACCAAGAACGACAUUGUUCCCGAUGUGGUCGACCAUCCCCCAACCCACGUAGCAUCAGUAAAGUACUCCAAAGGAGAUGUGAACCUAGGAAACGAAUUGGCCCCAGUGGACGUCCGCAAGCAACCAGAAAUAAGUUACCCCGCCGAUGAGAAGAAGUACUACACUUUAAUAAUGACCGACCCCGACGCACCCAGCAGAGCAAAUCCGACAAGAAGAGAAUUUCGACAUUGGUUGGUUGUAAACAUUCCCGGAUCGGAUGUUUCCAAGGGUGAAGUGAUUUCCGCUUAUGUAGGAUCGGGACCUCCAAAAGACACGGGACUGCAUCGAUACAUUUUCUUAGUUUACGAGCAACCAGGAAAAUUAAGUUUCGAUGAGAAAUUUACUAGCGAUCGUGAAGUCGGUACGAGACCGUUAUUCUCUUCGAGAAAGUUCGCUGAAAAAUACAAGUUGGAGUUAAAUGCCGGUAAUUAUUACCAGGCUCAGUACGACGACUCCGUACCUGAUCUUCAUAAACAGCUAGGAUUAGGACAACCAACCCCUGCAAAGGUUUAAUAAAGGAAAACCUGUGUAUUAUUUUACAUCUAGUUUUACUUAUUAUUUUAAGUAAUAUGUUACACACAGUUAAAAAUAAAUAGACCUAUACAAAAUUA